AUGGAGAAGGAUUGGGAAAGAGAGUGGGAAGGGGAAAGGGAGGGAGAUGGGGAAAAAGAGAGGGAUGGGGAAAAGGAGAGAGGUUUUGGAAAGGGAAGGAAUGGGGAAAGGGAGAGGGAUGGGCAAAGGGCAAAGGAGAGGCAAAGAGAGGGGGUUUGGCAAUGGGAGAGUGAUGGGGAAUGCGAGUGGGAAGGGAAAAAGGAGAGGGAUGGGGAAAGGAGAGGGAUGGGGAAAUGGGAGGGAUUGGGAAAAGAGAGUGACGGAGAAAGGGAUCGAGACAGGGAUCAGGAAAGAGAGAGAGAGGGAUGGAAAAGGAAGAGGGAUGGGGAAAGGAAGAGGACCGGGCGUGGGACAGUUGGAUCGGGAAAUGGUGAAGAAUUGGGAAAUGGAUCGGGAUUCGAAAAGGGGGAGGAAUUUGGGGGAAAAAACGGAAUGGGGGGAAUGAAGGUGAUGAGAAAAGGGAAAGGAGUGGGGAAUGGGACAGAAAUGGGUAAAGUGAGAGUGAUGAGAGGAAAGAGAGGGAUAAAACAAAUAAGCGGGAUUGGGAAAGAUCGAUGGAUGUCGAAAUGGAGAAGAAUGGUGAAAGGGUGA